AUGAUACCAGAAAAGCCCCUCCCAUACUCAGACGAGUACCCAACGGCAGAAGCCUACGUCUCUGCGCUCCUCGAGUUCGUCACGCAGACAGACCUCUUCCAGAUCCUCUGCGGCGGCGUCCACGUCCUCGACUUCUUCACAAACUCCCCGGGCCUCUUCAACCAGGUCCUCCCGCAGGAAUGGCAGCCUUUCCUUCUCUCCUACGACACGGUGCGCCUGCUCGACCUUCUCAUGCGCGACGACCUGGACGACCUCCCCGAGAUGGACCCGGCGCCGCCCGAGAGUUUCCUCAAGUACGUCCGCGACAUCCGCCGGCUCUCGCUCCGGCGCUCCUUCGAGCCGUCGCAGUCGGAGACCAAACCGCCCCCCAAGCUGUCCCGCUCCGUGGCCGUCGGCAUGAAACCCAAAAAGGUGCACGAGGUGGCGCACUUUGCCCGGUACGUCGACUCGCUGGCGGGCGCCAUCUCGGAGCGCUGGGGCAAGGAGACGACGCACUUUGUCGAUUUCGGCAGCGGGCAGAAUUACCUCGGCCGCACGCUCGCGCUUCCCCCCUACAACAGGCACGUCGUGGCCGUCGAGGGCCGCGAGCACAACAUUGACGGCGCAAAGGGCCUGGACGUGCUCUCGGGCCUCGCGAGCAAGGAGGUCGUCAUGCGCAACAAGAAGCUGUGGCAGCAGAUGCAGGCCGACAAGUUCGGCACGGAGAUCAACGUCAAGAAGACGGCCAAGCCGUCCACGGACGCCGUCGAGGACUUUGAUUUCCGCCCCCUCAAGGAGCUCGAGCCGCAGUACAACCGCGCGCUCGGCAAGGGUUCCGUGUCGUACGUCGUCGGCAGGCUGGAGAGCGGCGACCUGACAGAGGUCAUUGGGCGCAUCGAGAAGGAGGUGCUGCCCGAGGAGGCGGAGGCGGCCAAGGAGGGACUCAAGAUGAUGGCCGUGUCGAUCCACUCCUGCGGUAAUCUCUCGCAUUACGGCAUCCGCUCGCUCAUUAUGAACCCGGCGAUCCACUCGGUCGCCAUCGUCGGGUGCUGCUAUAAUCUGCUGACGGAGAAGCUCGGCCCGCCGACAUACAAGUACACGUACGCGCGGCCUAGCCUGCAGGCGCUCAACGGCCGCGUGGUCAGGGAGUCAUCGCGGUACGACCCGGAGGGAUUCCCGCUCAGCGAGAGGCUGGCGACGUACGACGGUCACGGCAUUCGCAUGAACAUCACGGCGCGCAUGAUGGCGUGCCAGGCCCCGCAGAACUGGAACCAGGCCGAGAGCGACGACUUCUUCACGAGACACUUGUUCCGCGCCGUGCUGCAAAAGAUCUUCCUCGACAAGGGCAUCAUUUCAAAGGUGUACCACCGCGACCCAGAUGCCGCCGAAGGCGAAACCACCCCAGAGACGCCGUUCAACAUGAGCACGAACCCGGUCAUCAUCGGGUCCCUCCGUAAGGCGUGCUACAAGUCCCUGAAGGACUACGUGCGCGGCGCCGUGACGAAGCUUACUACGAAUCGCGAGUACGGGCAGUACAGCGCCAUCAUCAAGGAGAAGAUGACGGACAUUUCGGACGAGGAGAUCUCGCGGUACGAGGAGGAGUACCUCUCGCGCAAGAAGGAGGUCGCGGCCGUAUGGAGCCUGAUGGCCUUCAGCGCGUGCGUCGUGGAGUCACUCAUCGUCACGGACCGCUGGUUGUUCCUCAAGGAGCACGACGACGUCGUCCGGGACGCGUGGGUCGAGACGGUGUUUGACUACGGGCUGAGCCCUCGCAACAUGGUUGUCGUGGGCAUCAAGAGAUAG